UCCCAACUUUCUCUCCAUCAUCAUCAUCUCGUUGUUGUUGUAAUCGUUUAAUGGUAAUGGGAGGGUGGUCGAAUCAGAAUUACCACGCGCGGUCCAAGAGCUUGCCGACGAGGCCGCACCCACUGGUUUCGGAAUGCGACGAGCAUCUGUGGCGGCUCAAGGCGUUGGAGUCAUCGGCGUGCAGCUGGUCGCCGCCGGGUAUGAGCCAGAGGCUGGCCGGGCUGCAGGAUUUGCAGGACUGCGUGAGCAAGCUGCUGCUGCUGCGGCGGACGCGGGAGGCCUUCGCGGCGCACCGCCGGGAGAAGUGGGUGGACGACGUCUUCGAUGGCUCGCUUAGGCUUCUCGACAUGUGCAGCGCCGCCAAGGACGCCAUUAUUCAUACCAAAGAGUGCGUCCGGGAGCUUCGGUCCAUGCUCCGGAGACGCUCCUGGGGCUCUGCAAACGCCGUCGCCAAUGAGGUGGAGAAAUACAUAGCCUCAAGAAAAGUGGUGAAGAGAGCAAUCCAAAAGGCAGUGAGCAGCGUGAAGGGGAGUAGUGGUGGGGGGAAACCCAGUUCCAUUAAAGACCCAGAAACCAUGGCUUUGAUAGGAUUAUUAUUCGACGUGGAAGCCGCCAGCCUCAACGUCUUCGAAGCCCUUCUCUGCUACGCGUCCGGGAAGAAGGGCAGGGCCAAGCCCACCGGCUGGGCGCUCGUCUCCAAGCUCAUGCGCGCCACAAAGGCGCACCCGCCGUCGUCCACGGAUCAGGACGCGCCGGAUCAUCAAUCCGGAGAAGCCAACGAGUUCGCCGCCGUGGACGCGGCGGUGGACGCGGCGGCGACCAGACUCUCCGACGCCGGCGCGGAGGGCAUGGGGGAGCAGCUGGGGAAACUGGAGGCGUGCGUUCAGGAUUUGGAAGGAGGGUUGGAGGGUUUGUUCAGGAGAUUGAUUAGAAACAGGGUUUCGCUUCUCAAUAUUCUCAAUAAUUAACAUUUUAUUAUUGUUAAUUAUUCAUUAAACUAUUUUGUAGAUCCAUUAUUGAUAAAUGUGUGUAUUAUGAUGCCAUUUAUGGAAGGUAAUUUGUAGAUUAAUAUCUUUUGCUUUCUUUUGAACUUGUUUUUUUAGUUCAACAAGGCAUAUGGGAGUAAGGAUU